GAAUUCUUUAUGGCCAUAAACAUGGAGAUUCUUUGGCAACCAUUGCCAAAAAUAUCAAAUGCAGUAAAACCACUGUGCAUGAUACUUUGAAACGGUAUGCUCAAACAGGAUCUACUAUGCCAAGAAAAUGUCUUGGUCCAAAAGCUAUAUUUAAUGAAUCUGCAUUAGAAGAACUUAGAAAAAUGGUUACACAAGAUACCAAAUACUGUCGAUUAAGCCUUAAAGAAAUACAAGAUUUAUGGAAAAAAGAAAAAAACCAAAAAGUUUCUAUUUCUACAAUUUGUCAUGCUUUAAAAAAAUGUGGACCUAUAGUUCCUAUUCAUAGUACUAUAAAUGGUGAAGUUUAUACUAAACUUAUAAGAAGACAUGCUAUUUCUGCUAUAUGUUAA